UAGUGUCUCUUUGGUUAAACAAAGCUGAUACAUCCUCCCACGGAGGGAAGAUGGCAUCAGCCGCCAUAGAUUUCGGGAUUGGAAGGAUCUUAAGCGUUCUGGAAAAUGAAGUGCUGCAGCAAACAGGGCUGGGUGACGAGAUCGAGAUGAUGAAGCAGAAGCUGAUGUACAUGAAGUCUUUCCUCGAGGACAUGGACAAGAACAGUGGAAACAUAAGCAGCAGUGUCUUCACAACCUUUGUCAAGAACACAAGGGACUUGGCUUACCAGAUCGAAAGCAUCAUCGACGAGUACUCCUACUGCAUCAGCCGCCGCCGCGGCCAGGCCUUGCUUACACGUUUUGUUCACUCCCCUCUGUUUCUGUGGGAUAGGCGCCCGAUAGUGGGGAAGCUGGAGGUAAUGAAUCGGAAGAUUCAAGAAAUGUCAGAUCUGAUGAACACUUUCUUGCCCGACAGGUCACAAGCAGCAUUACCGACUGCUAAUGGUGUCAACACCAAGUGGGCGAAGAAUCUUGGGGAAUCAUCUUAUUUUGUUGGAGAUGACAGUCUUGUUGGGAUAGAUGAGGCCAGGGGGAAACUAACCGGGUGGCUCUUGAACCCGGAACCUCAGAGGAUCGUCGUACCGGUUGUUGGUAUGGGUGGUUCGGGAAAGACAACUCUUGUCGGUAACAUCUUCAGAUCUCAACGUGUACGGAGGCACUUUGAUUCAUAUUCAUGGGUGACAAUCUCUCAAUCCUAUGAUAUUGAAGAUGUCUUUAGGACAAUGAUCAAGGAUUUCUCCAAAGAACAAGGAUUGCAAGUUCCAUCUGACUUAUCAUCCAUGAGGUACAGAGAGUUGGUGGAGAUGCUUGUGAACUAUCUCCAACCUAAGAGGUAUUUCAUCGUGCUAGAUGAUGUCUGGAAUACUGGUUUUUGGAAGGAGAUUAGUGUAGCCAUUCCAGAUGGCAUUCACGGAAGUCGUGUGAUGAUCACCACCCGUGAAGAGAGAAUAGCUCAUUUCUCUUACGGAACGAUGAACCGAUUCCACCGGAUCGAACCUUUAAAGGAAGAUAAGGCUUGGGAGCUAUUCCGCAAGAGGGCAUUUUCAGGGAGUCCUGAACAACACAUAGCGCCAAAUAUAGAACCUAUAGCGAGGAAUCUCGUUCAGAAAUGCGGAGGCCUACCAUUAGCUCUUGUGGCUUUGGGUAGCAUGAUGUCGACAAGGAGAUUAGAAUCAGAAUGGAGGAGAGUUUACAACAGCUUGAACUGGGAAUUGAGCAAUAAUCCCGACCUCAAGGAUGUUCAAAGGAUCUUAAUUCUUAGUUUCAACGAUUUGCCAUAUCCACUUAAGCAUUGCUUCCUAUAUUGCUGUAUUUUUCCAGAAGACUACAUCAUCAAAAGGAAGAAGUUGAUCAGGUUAUGGAUGGCACAAGGGUUUGUGCAACCAACCAGAGGAGUAAAACCAGAAGAAGUGGCGGAUAGCUAUAUCAUGGAACUUGUUUAUAGAAACAUGUUCCAAGUAGUGUUUAGAAACCACAACGGGCGCCCAAAGGCAUUCAAGAUGCAUGAUAUGGUCAGAGAGAUUUCUUUGAUGAUAUCUAGAGAUGAGAAGUUUUGCGAUGUGUUUAAUGAUAAGGCGGAAGAUGUUCAAGAUGGCGAAACUCGCCAUUUAUGUAUUCAGAGGGAGAUAAAUUCAAGUAUCGCUCAACGAAAUCUCCAAACCCUUUUGGUGUAUUCAACUACCAAACAGAAUGUUGCAUUGCCUACUGCAUUGAAGCUUUUGAGAGCUUUAGACCUUGAAGACUCUCGCAUUAGAAAACUGCCUGAUUCGUUGGCGACUCUGUUCAACUUAAAGUACCUGAAUUUGACAGGAACUCGUGUGAGAAAACUUCCAAAAUCCUUCCGUAGGCUCCUUAACCUGGAGACGUUGAACACUAAAUUCUCCAAGAUUAAGGAGCUUCCUACGGGUAUUUCAAAGUUGGAAAACUUGCGAUAUCUUGUUACUUUUAGUCAUAGUAACUCUGAUUGGAGCAUCGUUUCAGGCACAAAGGUUUCAUCUGAUAUUUGUCAGUUAAAGAGAUUGCAGGUUAUGGACUGCAUCCAUGCUGAAACCGAGCUCAUCAGGAACCUCAGUGACAUGACACAACUCACAAGGAUCGGUCUGGUCAACGUGAGAAAACAUCAUGGACAUGACUUAUGCAAUGCCCUCACUAAGAUGAAGGAUCUUAGGUUUGUGUCUCUUUGGUCGAUUGAUGAAAACGAGCCUCUACAACUUGAUGCAUUGUCUCCUGCUACAACAAUGGAGAAGCUUUUUCUAUCAGGGAAACUAGAGAGGCUACCUAGCUGGUUCAAUACUCUUCACAAUCUUACCGAACUAUGCUUGCGUUGGUCAAGACUAGCACAAGAUGCGAUCCCUUGUAUCCAAGCGCUCCCUUAUUUGGUUUGGCUUUCGUUUUUCAAUGCAUACGAGGGAGAUAAGUUAUGCUUUCCAGAAGGGUUUCGGAGUUUGAAGAUUCUGUUGAUAGGCGACAUGCCACGUUUGAAUGAGAUCGUUAUACAGGAAGGCGCGAUGCCAAGUCUACAAAAGCUGCAUAUCAAAGAUUGUGUAAUGAUAAAGAGUUUACCUAGCGGCAUCGAAAAUCUUACCAAACUUCAAGAACUACGUCUGAGGAAUGUUUCAGAUAAGCUGGUAGAAAGUAUACGCGAAGAGCAAAGCAAAGACUGUUCAAAGGUUAAUCACAUUCCUACCAUCAAGCAUUACUUCAUAACAGAAAACGGUGUUUCGUGUGAGAAUCUUUCAUAACCCAUCAUCCAGAAGAAAAGAGCGGAUCUCUCCUAAGCUCGGUCAUUUGGUUCCACUGAAGGCAAGAAUCUCCCAGGUAUCUUUACUACUUCUGAAACUGUUUCUUGUUAUCUCCACUUGUUUGUUUCUUUUGCAUAUUGGACAGGAGGAUUUAUGCCCUUGUUUG